UCGACAACCAAUGACGAUUUCGCUGAUUCUGCACUGACGCUGGGCGGACACAUUGUUUUACGUGUAAUGAAGAAGAAGAAGAAGAAAAAAAAUCGAAUGAAAGUAAUUCUCAUAAAAACAAAACCAUGGAGGGACUGAGUGGGAGCAAUCCUGCCUCUCGUUGCAGUGAUUUUAUCUCGCACCCUGCACUGGGGCGCCACAACUUCUCGAAUCACCAGUGUACAGUGUACCCGGAUAUCACGGCACAAGAUACUGGCUGGCAAUGCCCUGCGCCCCAGACCUCAUCGGGCACACCACUAAGCUACGGAUACCCGUUUGGGAGUCCAUAUUAUGGAUGUCGUCUUUCGUACUCUCAACAGAAUCCAGAAAAAUACCUGGAACCAAGCGGCGUGCUUCAAUCUGAAGAGCUUUCCAGUAGAUCCAAAGAUUUUGCUAUUUACUCAAGCUUUGCCGGCUCUUUCAAGACUGUCUCCGGCUAUCUGGACGUCCCGCUUGUACCAGGAAUCAGCGCGCACCCAGAGUCACGGCAUGAAACUUUAUUUCCUAUGGACAGUUAUCAGCAGUGGGCACUGUCGAACGGCUGUGAUGAGCAACGAUAUUGUUCUAAGGAUCAAACACAUUUUAACCACCUAUGGAAUUCACAGUGUUCGGAUGUGGUGCCACACCAGACCGAGAUUAAUGGGUAUCGUCGCGGUCGUAAGAAGAGGGUACCUUACACUAAAAUUCAAUUAAAGGAGCUGGAGAAAGAGUAUGCAGCCAGCAAGUUCAUCACCAAAGACAAAAGAAGGCGUAUCUCCGCCACAACCAAUCUCUCCGAACGCCAGGUGACCAUCUGGUUCCAGAACCGCCGUGUCAAGGACAAGAAGUUCGUGUGUAAAUCAAAGCCAAGCAAAGUCAUGCAUGUUAUUUGAUUAGCGUUGUUUGCGCGAACAAUUUCAUCAUUCAAGCAGAAAAAACAAAAACAAAAACAAAAACAAAAACAAAAACAAAAACACAUUCCACAUUCAACGGAUCUAACAUCUGAACAUAUGGCAAAAAAGAUGGCAUACAUUACAGUUGCAGUAGCAGUAGCCUUACAUUGCAGUAAUAGAUAAGUUUCCAGAGAGGAGUCACAACAUCAUUCAUCUUAUAUUAAAGAAUCAGUUAACAUAUUCUGGAAUGCCUAUGAGGUCUGAUGAUUGUUCAUUUUUACUGAAGAACACCCCAUACUAUUUAUGUGUGAUUCGCUGGUUUUGCGUUCGAUAUUAACAUGGUGUAAACAAGACUGCUGUUGUUAAAUUUAUCACUGCUAUUUAUAAUUUAAGACUAUGGUGUGUCAGAUUUGAAAAUUCUUGUCUUAUUUGCGUAGCUUUUGUUCUAUUGCAGAAGGUUGUGACUUUAAAAAACAACUGGAAUGGUAAUUAUUGUAGGCCUAUAUCAAAAUGUUCUGUCCAUCAAAACGUAAAGUCAUCCAUUGAUUGUUAAUUGUCAGCUUUGCAGCAAUGUUUUGUGUACUUUUCUCCCUAGCGUUUUUGCUCCAUUUUAUAGCAAGUGCAUAUAUGUCAUAAAAUGUUCUUGUUUUAUAGAAACGUAUUAAUUGUUAAGAAGUGUUUACAUAAAUACUUUGUUGAUCGCCAAAAAAAAAAAAAAAAAAAAAAAAUACUUUCUUAUUUUAACAUUUUUGUUCCCCAAUAUUGUCAUGCAAUUUCAUUGUAAGUGAAGUAUCUCUCUUAUUAACAGUGGAGAUCAAUUGGAACUUUAUUAAUAAUUUUAAAAUAAAUAAAUAAAAAACAUACUGCACAUAAGUGAAAAUAAUAUGCAGAAAAUAAGUUCAGUGACAAAGCACCUGGGCCAUAUUUUCGUACACGUUUAUUUCUAGUCGUUUGUCAUCUUAUGCUGCACUAUGGUUGAGUGAAAUGUAACAAACCUUAAGUUACGACAUGGUAGGGCCUUGAUGCGUGAUAUACAAAAGCCCAUGGACAGCAUAUUUAUUGUGCAUUUAUUGCUGAAAUGUGAACAUUAAACAUAAGUUCCGGUAUAUGUAAAAUAUUUUACUCUAUUGUCAUUGUACUUUAUAAUAGAUGGUCUUUACUUUUAAAUGAUGUCGACUUGUCUAUGUGUCUAUACAUUAAAUGUACAGGUUUCAUAUCCAUAA